CAAAAGCAGAAGGGAAACAUAUGAUUCACAGAAGAAGAAAAAAAAGUAUAAAUAAUAGCUUCUUUACACUUGAAAUGAGUGUCUGAGAACAAAUUAAUGAGUGAUGAGUUUGUGAGGAAGGGUGUAAUGAGACCUGAUCCCCAGGGUAGUUCCUGACAGUCAAGCUCUCCUGGUGUUGUUUUGUAGGUGUUCUCCAAUAUUGUGAUUUAUUUUGAGCUUCCAUCAAUUUUAUAAUGGCUUAUAAGCAGGGAGGGCAGGAUGAUCAACUACUCAAGCCAUGUAUUUGUCCAGCUGUGGUGUUUGCAUCUUUGCCUGGUGAUAUGUACUUAGCAGCCAAGAAUGGAGAUCUGAGAAGAGUGAGGAAGUACUUAGAAGACGGUCAUGAUAUUAAUGCAGCUGAUUCAGAUGGUUACACUCUGUUAUCGAGUGCCUGUGUUGGUGGCCAGCUGUCAGUCGUGCGGUUGCUUCAACGACAACCUCACCUCCAUCGCAACCCGCGCGACUGGGCAGGUGAUACGCCUCUUAUGUAUGCUGCAAUGAUGGGCCAUGCAGAAGUAGUGAAGGAAUUGAUAUCAAGACCUCACCAGUGUCGUCUAGAUGUAAAUGCAUGCAACAACUAUGAUGAGACGGCUCUAGAUUUAGCAAUUAUCAACAAUCAUGCUGAUGUCGAAAGCACCUUGCAGAAUGUCAAACUACCACAGUUAUCAGCUGGAGGAAAUAAUGGAAACGAGAGACUGAUAGUGAAGCCGUCAGUGUAUGUCGAGUUGAAAUUUGAAUGUGAAGUCUGCCUAGAGGACUAUGACAAGAAUGAGCGCCGGCCGAGAAUCCUGAGCUGCGGCCACUCCCUCUGUACAAGUUGCAUCACCGAAACACUAAACCACGGUCCCCUCAAGUGUCCAUUCUGCCGUUCGCCUCACGUUGUUAAUGUUAGGUUUGCCGCCGAAGUCCCUGUAAACUUUACCGUUGAUGGUGUGAUACAGCAACAGGGAACAUAAUUUUUUUUAUGUUUUCUUUCUUUCCUUUUUAUUAUUUUUUUAUUUUCUUUUUUAUUUCUUACAAGUCGAAGCAAUAGAAAUACGGUAGCUGUGAUGAGGAUGAUCAUUAUGGUCUUCAGUUCUGUGAUUUAUAAAUACAUAUCUAAGUGGUACCAAACGCAAGGUGACGUUUAUGAGGAAAAUAUCAGUAUUAAUGCAACUGUGUAGCUUUAAUGUUAAAGGUUUAUUUCAUAUAAUAAAGUCUAUAUGUUUGAACUUGUAAUUUCUGUUUUACAAGGAUAUUUACAGUUUCACUUGGAAGUUGGGUCUGUGAAUAGACAUUUGCAAGUUACGUAUAGAAAUAUAUCCAAUAAUAGUAUUGCUCACUUAUUUUUGUUCAUGUUGAUUCAUGAAUUAUAUUACCUAGUACAGAUAACGUACAGAUUAGUUUUUGCUUCUAAUUUUGCAACUGUGAAUGUAGUCCUAUUAUUUAUUGCUGAUCUGUAUAUGAAAUUCCUUUUCUUCAAUAUUUUCUUUUCUUUUCUUUUUCUUUUUUUUUUGCAAGAUUGCCUGCACUAGUUAUUUGCAAAAAGUUAUAUCUUGCAAAGUUUCAUGCCAAGUAUAGGCCAACAAAUGUAUUAAUGGAGUUCACAUGUUAUAAUUGUUAAAUGUUAUUUCAGGAAAAUGAGUAUAUUUAUUCACUUGCAAAAAUUACAUCUAUCUCUUUUUUACCCAUAUGAAUAUUAGUAUACAUUUCGUGUAAAGAAAUACACAUGCUAACCCUACCGUCCUCUUUUUUAAAUACUAUUUUAAGGUUUAUGGUUCAAUUCAAUGCGGGCCGAUGUAAUGAUAGGUCUUAACCCACAGAUGCUGGGGUGGCAAGAAUGCAUGCCCUGUACACUAUGAUUUAAGUUUAUUAAUUGUUUUUACACAUAGUUGGUUCCACAGGUGCUCAGUCCUUACUAUGUAUCUCACCUAUUUAACAUUUUAUUUUCAGAAAGGUUAAUUUUUAUUCUUUACCAUUAUUAGUAGGACUGGUGUUAAUUAUAUGAAAAUAAUCAUAAUGUUGAUGUUGAUAAUAACAAUGUCAAUAUUAACAGAAUCAGAAAAAAUAUUUUCCCCAAAGCUAAGGAAAGAAGAAGUCAGGGGAAGGUACAUAUUAGCUCCAUAGUGAAUGAAUAUUUGUGGAACCAUUUACGUAAAAACUAAAUUCACAGAAUUGAAAUAUAGUGGAAUAGUACAUUUACCUGGCAUCUGUGGGUUAACUGCACCUUAUACAAAGAUGUGGGGUUCAGGUUUUGCUGGGAGCAAAAUCACACUAGUCUUAUAGAAGAUAUUUUAGAAAGAAUGAGAAAGUUUAACAUGGUUUAGUUAUAUUCUGAUACAGUUUUGUUAUCUAUAUAUAUUUUAGUUCCUUAUUACUUUUAUUUGGAAUUUUGGUUAUGUUUACCCAUUGUAUUUUAGUAACCAGUCUAAUUGAUAGCUAUAAAUUUUGUGUGUGUAGUACUUAUACACACAUUUUGAACUUUUACAAAAGAAACUCAUAUAUGUAUUUUUAUGCUUUUCUUGUGCUUGAUACGCUCUCAGAAUCUGUUUCCAAUACACUGUGUAUUACAAUGAA